CACACACACACACUUUUGGAAGCAUCCACCCCCUCCCACGGAGUCGUCACCCCGGCGAGCUAGGGUUCGGCUCCGGUGAGGCCGCCGCGCGCGCCCCCUCAGGGUCGAGUGCGCGUCCGGCCUCCGAAGCUCCCUUUCCCGCCGCCGGGCGCGGCGGGCGCCGGAUCCUCGACCUGCAACUCUUCAGUUCUCAGUGGAGUGGAGUGGACAUCCAUUCGGAGGGUAUAAGCUGCCCAGUGUUGUGCAAUGGAAGAGCUACAGAAGGACAGCGGGCAAUCACCAAACCGCUCUGAUUCUGAGCCAGAACUUAUGGUACUGGAUGAUAAUCGAGCGGAAAUAUCCCAUAACAUGGAUGAGGGAAACAAUUAUUCUCCUAUAGAUGUCGAUGAAGGGCAAUCUUCUAUGGAUGUGGAUGUGAAGGGAAAAUCAUCCCUUGAUGAUGAAUCACUUGAUGGUGAUGCUAAUGGAAAGUCUUCUUCCGAGCCAUAUUCAAAUGUUCCAAUUGACAUGAGUGUGGAAAGCCUAGAGAAGUUUUGCAAAGAAGCAUCAAGGUCUUUCUUUGAUGAAAUUGGUCUGAUUAGCCAUCAGAUAAAUUCCUACAACGAGUUUGUCUCGCAUGGGCUCCAGAAGCUUUUUGAUUCACUGGGGGAUGUGAUUGUUGAACCUGGUUAUGAUCCUUCAAAGAAAGGAUCUGGUGGGUGGAAGCAUGCCAUCAUCAAAUUUGGGAGAGUGAAGCUUGAAAAGCCUGUAUUUUGGUCUGGCAAAGAUGAAGUUGAUAUUGAUUUUAAACCGAGACAUGCUCGCCUCCAGAAUAUGACAUAUGCUUCCAGAAUUAAAGUAGAAGUGACUAUAAAGGUUUAUUCUUUGGAGAAAAGUGACAAGUCUAAAACAGGGAAUGAUGAUUUUGUUCAAAAAAGGGACUUUAUGAAUGAAACUCAUUGGAUAUAUAUUGGCCGCCUUCCGGUUAUGGUGAAAUCAAAUUUGUGCUUGCUGCAUAAUCUCAAGGAAAGUGACUGCCUGUUCGAUGCAGGCGGAUACUUUUUGGUCAAGGGAAUGGAAAAGGUAUUCAUUGCUCAAGAGCAAAGAUGCCUGAGCAGGCUUUGGAUUUCUGAUCGUCCUUGCUGGACUGUCUCUUUUAUGUCUGAAAUCAAGCGAAGACGCAUAUAUAUUAAACUAGUUGAAUCUACAAAGAGCGAUGAUUUCAGUGGGAGCAAAAUCAUUUCCAUUUCCUUUCUGUAUGCGACAAUGCCAAUUUGGUUGAUGUUUUUUGCACUAGGAAUAUCAUCAGACAAGGAAGUCUUUGAUGUGAUAGAUAUGCAAGAUGGUGAUGCUUCUGUUAUCAACACAAUAUCUGCAACUAUCAAAGAAUCUGAUGAACUGUGUGAAGGCUUUCGUAAAUCAGAUAAAGCCCGUCAAUAUGUUGACGAGUUGGUAAAAAAUUCAAGAUUUCCUCCAGCGGAGUCCUUUGAUGACUAUGUUGAUAGGUUUCUCUUUCCUGAUAUUAGUGGACAUAGAAACAAAGCACUUUUCUUAGGUUACAUGGUGAAAUGCCUGCUAAUGGCUUUCACUGGAAAGCGCAAAUGUGACAAUAAGGAUGAUUUCCGGAAUAAGAGGUUGGACCUGGCUGGUGAAUUGCUUGCAAGGGAACUUCGGGCACAUAUUAGGCUUGCAGAGAGACGCAUGGUUAAGGCCAUCCAGAGAGAUUUGAAUAGUGACCGCGAAUUACAAGACCUUGAACGUUAUCUUGAUGCAUCGAUUGUUACUAAUGGUCUAAAUCGUGCCUUUUCCACCGGUUCUUGGUGCCAUCCCUACAAAAAAACUGAACGGUGCUCAGGAAUUGUUGCAACUUUAAGGAGAACGAAUCCUCUUCAAAUGAUAUCUGACUUGAGGAAAACCCGUCAGCGGGUUGCUUAUGCUGGGAAAGCUGGUGAUGCUAGAUAUCCGAAUCCAUCCUACUGGGGAAAGCUGUGUUUUAUGUCCACUCCUGAUGGUGAAAACUGUGGACUUGUUAAAAAUCUAGCUGUUACUGCUAUUGUUAGCUCUAGGGUGGAGCAGCCUUUGAUUGAGAGCUUCAUUUCUUGUGGAAUGAGUAAGCUGAAUGAAAUUCCUACUGAGAACAUUCAAAGAAUGGAUAAGAUCUUUCUGAAUGGCAAUUGGGUUGGGUGUUGUACUGAUUCAGCUUCAUUUGUAUUGCGAUUAAGGUGCAUGAGACGCAGCAGUCUGAUCCAUCCACAGGUCGAAAUCAAAAGGGACAAGCACCAAAAGGAGGUUCGUGUGUUUUCUGAAGCAGGGCGAAUCCUCAGACCUCUCCUGGUGGUUGAAAAUCUAAAUAAAAUCAGAAAACCAAAGGGCCGCUCAUACUCUUUCCAGGAAUUAAUUCAACAAGAAAUAAUUGAGUUCAUUGGUGUUGAGGAGGAGGAAGAUAUACAAUGUGCCUGGGGAAUCAGACAUUUGUUUGGGAGUGAAGGAGAGAUAUCUAGUUAUACUCACUGUGAGCUGGAUCCUUCUUUUCUGCUGGGAUUAAGUUGUGGCAUCAUUCCUUUUGCAAACCACAAUUUUGCUCGGAGGGUACUAUACCAAUCUGAGAAACACUCACAGCAAGCUAUUGGGUACUCCACGACAAACCCACACAUCAGAGUUGAUACUCUUUCUCAUCAACUAUAUUAUCCUCAGAGGCCUCUUUUCAAAACAGUUAUAGCUGACUGUCUUGGCAGAUCAGAUUAUACUAUUGGAAGAAGAGAUGACUUUGCUAGACCAGAAUAUUUCAAUGGCCAAAAUGCGAUUGUAGCAGUUAAUGUUCAUCAGGGGUUUAACCAAGAGGAUUCCUUGGUUAUGAAUAGGGCUUCUCUUGAACGAGGUAUGUUUAGGACUGAGCACCUCAGGAGCUAUAAGGCAGAUGUAGAAAACAAGGAUGUAACCAAACGACUGAAAAUGAAGGAAAAGAUAGACUUUGGAAAAAUGGAAAGCAAAAGAGGACGUGUCGACAAUCUUGAUGAUGAUGGCUUACCUUACAUUGGCGCAAGUCUUCAGACCAAUGACAUUGUUAUUGGUAAAGUCUCGGAAUCUGGAGAAGACCACAGUAUUAAGCUGAAGCAUACCGAAAAGGGAAUGGUUCAGAAAGUAUUGCUUUCAGCAAAUGAUGAAGGGAAGAAUUUCGCUGUUGUUACUCUAAGACAGGUACGAACACCUUGCCUUGGAGAUAAGUUUUCUAGCAUGCAUGGCCAGAAAGGUGUUGUUGGCUUUCUAGAAUCUCAGGAGAACUUUCCAUUUACUCGCGACGGAAUAGUCCCGGAUAUUGUGAUAAAUCCACAUGCCUUCCCAACACGUCAAACUCCUGGCCAGCUGCUUGAAGCUGCUUUGGGGAAGGGAAUAGCCCUCGGAGGUACAAUGAGAUAUGCUACACCAUUCACCACGGCAUCAGUUGAUGUUAUCGCAGAGCAGUUGCACAAGGCUGGAUUUUCAAAAUGGGGAGCCGAGAGCGUUAUCAAUGGCCGAACUGGUGAAAGGAUGCAAUCCAUGGUUUUCAUGGGCCCUACAUUUUACCAAAGGCUGAUUCACAUGUCUGAAGAUAAGGUGAAAUUCCGCAACACUGGACCAGUGCACCCCCUCACAAGGCAGCCUGUUGCAGACAGGAAAAGGUUUGGUGGAGUUAAGUUUGGAGAAAUGGAGCGUGAUUGCCUCCUCGCCCAUGGGGCAGCUGCCAACCUGCAUGAGCGGCUGUUCAUGCUUAGUGAUUUCUCACAGAUGCACAUCUGCCAGAAAUGCGAGCGGGUGGCAAAUGUUAUCAUGAGGUGCGUCCCAGGAGGUAAAAAGAUCAGGGGGCCGUACUGCGGCUUCUGCAAGUCUUCGGAGAACAUAGUGAGGAUCAAUGUACCCUAUGGUGCAAAGCUGCUCUACCAGGAACUCUUCAGCAUGGGGAUCUGCCUCAAGUUCGAGACAGAAGUCUGCUAGAACUCCUGAGCCUGUUUGUUAUCCAGUCAUGUACAUAAACCUCUGUGGUGCUGGCAUAGCAAGGAUGGCACCGCCGGCAGGAUAUCUCCAGCCGGUGGGGGGAUCUAUAUCUAGUUUGAGAAGAAACCCUGUUAAAACUAAACCUUGUAGCGUUUAUGUGCUGUUUCACUCAGCUCAUCUGGUAAACUAUGUCCAAGUGAAUGGACUCUCGUUUCGUGUUUCCUUCCUGAA